UUUCUCUCAACUCCUCCACCGACUUGAUCGACCAGAAGAUCUGGCAGAACGGAGACCUCAUUUCCUCCGAGUCUGAAGCAAAGGGCAUGAGACCUGCCGUCUUCUACUCUGGCAACGAGUGCUACGGCAAUGGCUGCGGCACUCUCCCAGCUUACAAGUACACCAACAUCACCCUUGUUUUCGACAAGGCUGUUGCCAACUUGGCCGACAUCAUCUCUUACACCAACGCUACCCACACGGAAUGGCAGACGAAGGACAACGGCAUCACCUGGACCAUCGACUCCAUCACUAUCGCGGAGGACAACUUGACCGAAUAAGCCGACAUUCUUUCUCAAAGCCACAAGCUCUUUGUUGUCUAUGGCUUUCUAUUCCUGUAAAUACAUUGUCACCAAGCCUGGCUGUGUAUGGCUUGGCAAAUGUGUUGUAAAACCAUUGUAGAUAUCAAACUGCACAUACUCUAGGGCGACAUUG